AUGAGCGAAAGCAAGAAAACGCCGCCACGGAACUUGGCAGAAAACUGGUUCCGAUUCUUCCAAUAUGACCCCGAACAUGACAAACCGGGCCAUGUGCGAGACAUCCUGCUGAUCAUCGCUACCCUGAUUGCGACGAUCACGUUCCAAGCAGGUGUGAACCCUCCUGGAGGGAUAUGGCAAGACAACGAGAAAGGCCACGCGGCCGGCAAAGGCCACACGGCCGGCAGAGCGAUCUACGCGUCUCAUCACAUCGCCUUUUAUGUGUUCUUGAUCUCCAAUACUUUCGCCUUCUCCACUUCUCUACUUGUCAUUGUCUGUCUCACUUACAGGUUCCCACUGCACUUCGAGAUAUGGGUGGCCACAGCCUCGAUGAUGGUGACCUACGCGUCGGCGAUCUUUGCCGUGACGCCACAUGAGUCGGUGAAGUUCCGUUACGUGCUGAUCGCAGGGUCAUUACCAGUGAUAUGUCGGUGCAUAGUCCAGCUGUGGGGGAGGCGCAAUAGAAAGAGUAAGCAGCCACCAAAUAGCGAAAACCAGCAGUGA